AUGAAAGGCGGCCAAGCUUCACCAAUGUUCCCUACUAAUGGCAAGAAACGUGGCUGUGCUUUUGAAAAUCCAGAACCCUCCUCUCCAAAGGUUACUUGUAUUGGUCAAGUGAGAGUGAAGACCAAGAAACAAGGCAAGAAACUGAGAACAAGAUCGAAGAGAAGAGGAGAGAUAAGUUUUAGAAGAGUAGACCAAAACAGCAGUACUUUUGAAGGGAGCAAUCAUCAUCAAGAUUUGAUAAACAAUCAGUUCUUGAAUCAGCAGCAGCAACAGGAGGGUUUGUCUCACAGGAAUCAAAGAUGGGUUCAUUUGCCUGUCACUAUAUGUGAAGCUUUAAGGGCUUUUGGAGCCGAGUUUAAUUGCUUUUUACCUUGCCGGUCUUCAUGUAUGGCAAGCGAGAAAGAGAAGGAAGAGAAGGCAGCCGCAGCAGGAUCUGAUAACAAUGGUAGUAGCUCUUGUGGGGCGAUGUUUGCAAGAUGGUUGGUGGCAGUGCAAGAGGGAGAAGAGAAAGGGAGGGAGAUAGAAUUGGUGGUUGGAGAAGGAGGAGGAGGAGGAGGAGGAGGAGGAGGAGGAGGAGGAGAAGAAGAAGAAGAAGAAGAAGAAGAAGAAGAACAAAGAGAUGAGAGGAGGAGGAGUUAUAGGAGACACGUUUUUGAAGAGAUUGAAUUUAAGGAUGAGAAAUUUGAAGGAGGAAAUGAAGUUUUGCCAGAAGAGGAAGCAAGGGUAAGUAUUUGUAUACCACCAAAGAAUGCUUUGUUAUUGAUGAGGUGUAGAUCUGAUCCUGUGAAAAUGGCUGCUCUUGCUAAUAAGUUUUGGGAAGCACCUGCUCCACAUGAUGGAGAAGAUGAAGAAGAAGGUAGCGAAGGGGGCGAAAAGGGUAGAAAUUUGGGAGUAGAAGAAGAGAAGUGUAUUAAUGUAGAAGAUAGAAUACAAGUUGGGCAAAGUGAUGAAGAGGAGGAGCAAAUAAAAGUCGGGCAAGAAAUUUUUAUGGAGCAGGAAGAGGAUCUGAUUGUGUCUGAAAAGUUGGUUUCUUGUGAAACUAUUGAGGCGCAGCAUCAAAUUAUUCAGGAAACUGAAGAAAGUUUGGUUCUUUUGGAAGGAGACGGUGGAGCAGAUAGCGAAGAAGUCAGAAGCACAGAAGAUAAUGUUGAUGUUGUUGUACAAGAAGGGAAUUUAGUGAAGCAAGAAGAAGAGGAAUCAGAAAUCCAUGAGGUCAUGAACCAGCCAACAGCCUUAACACAAGAAACUGUUAAUCUAUGCAGUGAUCAGUCUUCACUUGAUCAAGAAAUUGUAGAUCCACAGGCCUUGAUGAAUCACGAAAAUGAAUACAAGUUGGUUCGAGAGAAUGAGGGUAAUCAAGAAGACAGAGCGGUCAAAGCAGAAGAGGAACAAGCAGUAGACUUGAGUGAUGACAUGGAGGAGAAUUCAGUGUCCGUGCAGUUUCAGCAAGAAAGUUUAGAAGUCGCCGUCCAAGAGUUACAGGGCCAAGAACCUGCAGGGUCUCAUUCAGCAGCUGAAUUACAGGUACAAGAGUCAAAGGGAGAGAAAGAGACCGAGGAAGAAGAGGAAGGACAGACGGGGACCCAUGAAAGAUCUGAACCCGAAUACCCAGAAGCCCGGGAAUCAGGUCAAACGGAUACGGGUCUCAAGUCAAAGGAAAGAGAUAAUGGUCAACCACUGUUGCCAGAUUGCUUGCUGCUAAUGAUGUGUGAGCCCAAGCUGUCCAUGGAGGUAUCCAAAGAAACUUGGGUUUGCAGUACAGACUUCAUAAGAUGGAUGCCAGAGCAUUCAAGGCCAGUCAAUAAAACGGACGGUAAAGAUGAGCCGAAGAAAAGAGUCAGCAUCGACAUUAAUCCUGCGCAGGUGCAUAAUAAUAAUAAGAACAACAGCCAUGACAACUAUAACUUGCAGCAGCCACAUAGGUCUUCUUGCUCAUAUCCGGCUAAGCCGCCGGCUCGUGGAGCCGGGACGGAGCCCAUGUCGACAAUGAUAGAGCAGAAGCUGGUGGGAGCCAAGGCAUAUGAGCCGUUUGUUCUGACACGCUGCAAGUCUGAGCCAAUGAGGACAGUUUCUAAGCUUGCGCCAGAGGCUUGCUUCUGGAAGAAUAGGAAGAUUGAGCCGCAUCGACCAGCGGCUACGCUUGGGGUCGGCGCGGCUGGGAUAAGGGAACGUUAUGUGUUGUUAGAUGUUGAGAAUGAUGGUAGAGUAGAGUGCAUGUUACCAUAUGGUCCACUAUGGGUCAAUUUUGAGGCGUUUGAUUGUGAGGAUGUGGCUGUGGAUGUUGGUGUUGGUGUUGGUGUGAGAUUGGAAUUUUGCAAAUAA